AAAAAGCAAGCCCGGCAGUAGUGAUGCCCUUCAGCCGCACUGAAGCGCAAGCAUGAACCCUCUUGCCGUCUUUAUUCUCUGCCUUAGCGCUUACGCAUUAGCGCAAAAGACGAAAACGAAGGUGCACUCUGGUGGAGGAAAUGAGCCAACCGUCUUCUAUGGAGAAUUUACGGAUUACAUGCGCAAAGUGCAGCACCAGUCUCGCUUGCGCCACAAUUAUUACAGGAGGCUCCAUGGCGUUCCGGAUCUGAAAGAUAGUGAAGAGUUGAGUAACUACGCCCAAGCGUGGGCUGAACAGCUAGCCAAGACGGGACAGUUCAGGCAUAGGAGCAGAUCGCCCUACGGAGAGAAUAUCUAUAUGUCCUACAGCAGCGACCCCAACGUCAAAGUUAACGGCAGCGUUCCCGUAGAUUCAUGGUACAGCGAGAUCAUGUUUCACAAUUACAACAGCGAUAAUUUCAACCCGAAAACAGGGCACUUCACUCAAGUCAUCUGGAAGGGCAGCCGCUGGCUGGGCACUGGCGUCGCUAGGUCACCAGACGGCAAAGUGUUUGUUGUGUCUAAUUACAAACCCCGCGGAAACAUGAUGGGUCAGUUUCGAAAUAACUGCCCAAGGCCGAAAUCCGGUGGCGAAAUGCAACAACGCAAAUAUAGUGGAGUGAAAAUGUAAAGACGUCGGAACUGCAAAGGAUAGAAGGGGCUUAUGGCAGGCUGGUUGCACAGACCGCUGGUCCCAUGGGCUCUGCUUCCUUUAAGGUGUUUUUUAACAGCGCGUAGUAAAUAUGUGAGUUCUUCAUACAAACGAAUCUGUCUCCUUUCACUGCGUUUGGCACCAUCGAACACUCGUUUUUUGACAGCGCUCCUAUAUUCUCGAGCUGCUCAAUGUUUGUUUUUGGAUUAAAUUAUGAAGGGCCGCAUCUGUGCCGCGACUACAUUCAAGAUUGAUUUAAUUUCUCCAGAAGCAAAAAGGCCCGGACCAAAAAGCUGCAUUGAAGCAAAUUUACGUGGUCAGAGCCCGUUUACAAAAUGGCAGAAUGGAGCAAGAAAGUUACGGUACAGUGUUCACAUACAUCAUAAAUAAACAAAGAGUAUACAUGCAGUAUUUCAAGUGGCAACCGAAGGAAAUUGUGAAGCAAACCUUUGUACAUCACAGCUCUCAAAUAACAUAAAAUUUACAACACACUGCCAAGUGAAAACAACCCUGUCACAGAAACCAGAAAAGGAACGAUAACAGCUAAAACAAUGUUUCAGUAAUGCAAUAUCGCACCGUGCCGAGCAUAAUUCUUGCACUUGUGCACAACCAUCUCAAUCACAAUGAUUUGUUAAUGAUCAAGAACUAUAAAAAAACUCACUACUGUAUC